AUGUCUGCUGCACUACUGAGAACAAAAGAGAUACACCAAACAAGUCCGGAGACACUUGCACGACUUGAAAUGCGCAACGGAUUGAUGCUAGAACCUCGAGCUGAGCGAGAUACGUAUCUGCGAACUAUGGGCGCGAUAUUCCAAAAUUAUAGCUCCUCCCCCUGGAUCACUGACGACUUUGUCAUCUUACCGUUCUGGCCACAAGAUUCAGUUGAUACUGGCUCACGUUGGGACUACAAGGUUCAAGAUCCAGGAACUUGGGAGGCAAACACGACUGUUUUCCACGCCGAUUUAGUUUGCGCCAAACUGGAUAUGAAGAAGAAGGACAUGUAUCUCCGGCAUGCACCCGAAGGAUGGGAAGAAGAGCCUGAAAAGAAGUUCUAUCAAGCAUCUGUUCUCCUAGAGUCCAAUGAGGGUUGCCAGUUUAACCUCACUGUCGACGUGGAGUAUCACGUCCUUACUACGGAUUGGAUUUCCUGGAGCGACAUCAACAACAUCACAUCGGAAGACUACCCCAUGUCAGAUGCUAUCGUUCAAUCGAAUGAACACUGCCAAGAGAAUGAGAUUAUCAUGAUGAGUACGCCGUGGUGGCCCAGACAGGAUAUCACGCCGACCGAAAAAUUCCUACAAAACAUGACGAUGCUUGCAUAUGCAUGGACAUUGUCCGUCGAGUUCGAUGAGAAUAUUUUCCACCAAAUUGGCACGCCAGUUCCCCCGACCGUCCUUGACUUACUCGAACUACGCAAGGCUUAUACGGACAUUAAAUGGAGCGAUUUCGUCCCCCACGAGACCAAGACUUCUGACAUCGAGAUCGACUUAUAUGAUGUUCCCUUUACGGGCCCAGCGGCGAUCUUGGGUGAACCAUACAACUUCAGUAUCCCACGAAUGAUGGCUGAUUCUCAAUUGCCUGUGGUGGCUGCUCAAUUCCGACGUCGCUUCUUCGCAGAAAUUGUUGGUGGUUCUCUGCAACGCGCGGAAGUUUUAGAAGAACUUUCUACGACUGGUCAUCGACUCGGAUCUGUCCGGACAGUGCUAGUUAGCGGGCAAGCCGCGUGGAUUAUAUGUGCUCUGUUACUCAUCUGUUGCUUCUUUGUUCUAGGCAUCCUGUGGGAGACGCGAGCGGCUAAGACAACUCUAAAUAUCUACCAAGAUCCCAGUACACUGUUGGGUACAAGUAUAUGGGGCAGCGGUGAUGCGAUAGUGUUGCGCAAUUUCACCAAACUCGACCUCGCCACAAGAAAGACAUUGAAAGAAGAACUUGCUGGAAAAGUCUUCUAUUCCAAGCAUGGCAGCCUUCGAGAAAAUGAGGCUAACAUCCAGGACGAUGAUGAGAAAAAAACAAGAGUGCAGUCCUAUGACAUCGCACCUGUAUUACCCAUGCUACGCCUACGAAACCUGGCUUUUCUCAUACUUUACAUCCUCGCUCUUCUUGCUGGAAUCGCAGUGCUUUACGUGUAUGCGCGGAGGUCAGAACUUCAUCAGGCUUUCUUCACCUAUCGCGCCAACAUCAAGCUUCUCGGUCAUUCAAACACAGUAUCGCCCUUAUCUGUCAUCCCGACUUUGCUUGCUAUUGUUAUCACGCUCUGGUGGGAGUCCGUUGACACCACUUGUAGGACGGUACAACCUUACAUCAGCAUGCAACAUGAUGCCAAGCGUCCUUCUCAGGGCAUCGCAUUAUCCUAUCUAUCAUGGUUCUGGCUAUUCGCAUCGUUGAAAGCUUUAAAGCACCGACAUUGGCUGCUUUCGCUUGUUACAACGACGACGUUUCUGCUCCAAGCUCUCACAAUCGCCAUGUCCGCUCUCUUUGACUCGGGUAAUGGCGUCUUGACUACCUCCUCGGAAAUGCCCCUAGCAUUGGAGCUGCGCAGUGUUCCAUUCGUGCAACAAAUAUCGGUAAACAGAGAUCAAUCUACCUGGCUGUUCAACUACACCAUCGACGAGAAAAGUUUCUCAAGCGACCUUGGCGACUUGGUGUGGGACAACCUGCAGAGCCUGUCAAAAGACUGGAUGUACACCGCUAUUAUACAUACUGCGCUAGAGGGCCCCAAACCAGUGUGGAGCCAAGACGAUUGGAGUUUCAUACCUGUUUCUUCCGGUGUGGAAGGCUUCGCCUCAGCCGAGAACAAUAGUCCAGCAGGUAGGAGCGACCGCUCCGUGGAGAGCCUGAGAGUCCAAACUUCCGCGAUUCGUGCUCGCCUGGAAUGCAGUGCUGUCGAGUGGCCCACAAACACCAGCCUGUGGCUUAUGUCGCAGAACGAUGGAUAUGGACGUAACAUCACUGGACUAGACAACUAUUACACUAUAGCACGAGUCGUUGAAGAUCCCAAUUCCACGACUUGGCUUUCUACUCAAGGCAGCAUUCCACCGUGCUGCGCCAAUCUCACUGGAAACGCAACGUACAAUCCAGCCGCAGUUGCUUAUUGGACGGAGAAUUGGCAGGAAGUCUCUGACCCCGAGGACAGUCGCGGUUAUGGUACAUCUGGAAACUUUACAGUCAAAUGGAUCCGAGGCCCUGGAAAGGUUGAACGAGUCAUUAAGGGUAGGCGCCGUAAGCCGGAUGUAUACAUGUUUGUGUUUCCGGAGCCGCCCGCUAUACAGGCAUUGAACUGCAUGCCUAUCUUUGAGUCGAGCCAAGCGGAAGUUACGGUGGAGCCCAAAACCGGUGUCGUACAGCACUACCGCAUCCUCGACAUUCCUGUUCGGGAGGAUGUCGCUUGGUCUGAUACAUCUCAAUGGCGCAACCCUUACGAAGACGCUCAUUAUACCAAUUUUAACAUCCAUCAUGACCCUGACUUUGAGGUCAAUAGCUCUGAAUGGAGGGCUAGCAGUUUCAAGUCUUAUGACUACAAUAUAAAUACAACUACCAGGGCCUUCAAUAUGCGAGAUAACACAACUGGUCUUAAUCUCGACUUCAUGUCGUACGCCGCUUACGCACAAGUGGGAUUUGAUCCUACCGCCCUACUAGAUCCGGAAGUCUUGGCUAAAACAUCCUCGACUGUCUUCUCAACCUUCUUUCAACACUUUGUCAACAGCAAUCUGUCUCGCGAAUCCGGCGGUUAUGUUUAUCAACCCAGGGGCACGAAGCUCAAGAUCAAUUCUCCAAUGGACGACAUGCCAAUCCAGUACAUGCCUGAUGGUUCCAUAGCGCCAAAGUUCGAAGACAUUGUCCGCAACACCAAUGCAACAACAACAGCGGAAUUAAGCACCCAGGUCGAAGUUCUUCAGAUGAAUCUCGUCGCGUUCUGGAUCGCCACAGGCAUCCUGAUCUGGCUUAUCAUUACGAUUAUCAUUCUCGGAUCCGUGCAAAGAAAAUACUACGGCGGUAUGAUGCGCAACAUCGAAUGCAUUGCCGACGUGCUGGUUCUUAUCGCUGGAAGCGAACGUCUGCUUGAAGUUAUCAGAGAGAAGGGCUAUGAUGCUAUAGUCAAGGAGGACAAGAUGUUGACGCGUAUGGGAUGGUUUCGAGACGCUGAUGGAACCAUGCGAUGGCGGAUUGACUUGGUUGAGGAGAAGCAAGUUAAGGUGCAGCCCAUUCGUUUGGGCCCUGGGUAUACGCCCGUAGUGGAUGGCGAUGAGGAUUGCGACGUGAACGCUGUGUCUAAUCGCAGCGUCUCUCCACUGGAGCGCGACGACGAAGGCUAUGUAGAUGCUGUGUCGGGCGCUGGCGUCACCAGGUCAAGAUGA